AUGGGACAAAUGGCUGAAUACAGAAUAUCUAUAUAUGGAAGAAAGCAAAGUGAAUGGGACAAUUUAGCUAGUUGGAUUGUAAACAAUGAAUUAUACAGUGAGAAUGUUGUCUGGUUGAUUCAGCUACCCCGGCUUUACAACAUAUACAAAGAAAUGGGAAUUGUAACAUCAUUUCAGACAAUUUUGGAUAAUGUUUUAAUCGAUCAAGAUUCACAUCCCCAGUUGCAUGUUUUCUUGAAACAGGCCUCGAUUAGUGAAUAUGUGCAAAUAUAUGGGAAUCCAACCUAUUUGGAACAGAUGCUUACCUUUGUUACAUCAGAAAAAAAAAACUUCAAUGAAGGUGGUUUGGAUUAUGUUCAGUUGAAAUCCGUUUAG